AUGUUUGUGCCAACGGUUGCAGGUAAAAGAUUCUUGACUAAUCAAUUGCGUAAAUCACCUCAAUUCACAAGAAUGCUCACUUCCCACGCAGUGAUCUUCUCUUCUCACGGAGAGCCCAAGGACGUCUUGAAGACCCACACCUACGAGAUCGACGAGAACAAUAUCAAGCCCAACGAGAUUGUGCUCAAGACAUUGGGUGCUCCUGUCAAUCCCUCGGACAUCAACCAGGUGCAAGGCGUUUACCCUAGUCAGCCCGAGAAAACCACUCAAUUGGGUACCUCAGAGCCUCUGGCAGUUGGAGGUAACGAGGGGCUUUUUGAGAUUAUCAAAAUUGGCUCUGACGUUAAGGGUUUCCAAGUCGGCGAUUGGGCAAUUCCUACUAGUGUCAAUUUCGGCACCUGGAGAUCGCAUGCCUUGUGUGAAGAGGGUAAGAUGAUGAAGGUGCCCAAUCCAGAGCAGCUGAAGCAGGCAGGCAAGAAACAGGGGCUUACAAUCAACCAAGGCGCUACUCUCUCAGUAAACCCCUUGACUGCUUACUUGAUGUUGACCCACUACGUGAAAUUGACCCCGGGCAAGGACUGGUUCAUUCAGAACGGCGGUAAUUCGGCUGUGGGCAAGUUUGCGUCGCAAAUCGGCAAGCUUUUGGGUAUUCACUCUAUUUCGGUGGUGAGAGACAGACCCGAGAUCGAAGAGCUCAAGAAGGAGUUGAAGGAAGUGUGUGGAGCUACUCAGGUGAUUACCGAGGAACAGAACAACUCUAAGGAUUUCGGGCCCCAGGUGAAGCAGUGGGUCAAGGAGACUGGCGGGGAGAUCAAGCUUGCUUUGAACUGCGUGGGCGGCAAAUCCAGUGCUGGAGUGGCUCGCAAGUUAGCGCCUAACGGGUUGAUGCUCACCUACGGCGGAAUGUCGUUCCAGCCCGUGACGUUGCCCACGUCGUUGCACAUUUUCAAGAAUGUUACCAGUGCUGGUUUUUGGGUUACUGAGUUGUUGAAGAGCGAUCCAAACUUGAAAAGGGAAACCGUUGACAAGAUUGUAGAGUGGUACACCAGCGGAGAGCUUUUGGACGCUCCUCUGAAGGAAAACCAGUGGGGCGACCAGGACUUGGCUCAGGUGUUCAUUGACGCCGUGGCCAACUCCAAGAGCGGCAAGCAACUCGUGAAAUUCUAG